AUGUCUUCCACCAGCAUUCAAACUGUGCCUACAUCCUUUCCCUCUAGUUCUAAACCUCAUCCAGAAUACGAUGUCUUCCUCAGUUUCAGAGGUGAAGACACCCGUAUUAUUUUUACCGACCAUUUAUAUUAUGCCUUGACAGAUCAAGGGAUUAUCACCUUUAAGGAUGAUAAAGAACUUGAUAAGGGAAAGCCCAUUUCGCCGGAACUCUUGGAUGCAAUCGAGAAAUCAAGGGUGGCAGUCAUCAUUUUGUCUAAAAUGUAUGCAUCUUCCUCGUGGUGCUUAGAAGAACUUGCAAAGAUUGUUGAAUGCAUGAAGGAGGGAGGGUUGAUAAUUUUGCCCAUUUUCUACCAUGUGGAUCCUAGUCAUGUGCGGCAUCAGAGGGACACUUUUGAAGAGGCUUUUGCUAAUCAUGAAGUAAAUUUCCAGGAGAAUCCAGAUAAGGUGCAGAAGUGGAGAGUUGCUUUAACAACUGUGGCCAAUCUCGCAGGACAUCAUUUAAAAGACGGGGCCUCUGAGGCUGAGUUUAUUCGAAACAUUGUUCCCUGGAUAUAUUCGAAACUGAAUUAUAAAAGUCGAAAAGUUGUUGAAGGCAAUCUUGUUGGAAUAGCAUCUCGUGUUGAGGAAAUUAUUUCGUGUCUACAAAUGGAGUUGACUCAUGAUGCUCUGUUUAUUGGGAUAAGUGGGAUGAGUGGAAUGGGCAAGUCAACUCUUGCACAAGUUGUUUUUGACAAGAUUCAUGAUCAAUUUGAUGCUAGCAGCUUUCUUAAAAUUUUGGGAGAGGAUUCUAUUGAUAAACCUGGUUUAUUGACUUUACAAGAACGACUCCUUUCUGACAUAUGUAGGAAAGAUAUUAGGCCAAGGAAAUUGUCCACGGGAAUCCAAGUGAUCAGCAAUAACUUGCGUAAUAAAAAGGUUCUUAUUGUUGUUGAUGAUGUGAGUGAAGAAAGCCAAUUAGAAAAUUUAGUAGGGAAGCCAGAUUCGAAUUGUUUACACCCAGGAGGUAGAGUCAUUGUAACAACUGAAAACAAACAUAUGUUGGCAAUAUGUGGAAUCGGAAGGGAAUGUAUGGCUAAAGGACUAAAUAAUGAUGAAGCUCUACAACUUUUUUGUCUGAAAGCCUUCCACAAACCUCAUUGUGAAAAUAAUUUCCUGGAUUUGUGCAACAAUUUUGUCUAUUAUGCUCAGGGCAUUCCUUUGGUUCUUGAAGUUUGGGGUUCCCAUUUGUGUAAAAGAACAAAAAAGGAAUGGGAAAGUGCUUGGAAUAAGCUAAAAGCUAUACCCCUUGGAAAAACUACUAAGAAACUUGGAAUAGCUGUUAAUGGAUUGGAGGAUUCGGAGAGAGAACUAUUUUUGGACAUAGCAUGUUUCUUCAUUGGAGAGGAUGAGAAUCGUGUAGCUGAUAUACUAGAAUCAGUUCACCACUUCCAAAUUGAUAAAUCCACUCUCAUGGACAGGUCUCUGAUUACUAUUGUAGGGGGGAAAUUGUGGACACAUAAUUUAUUACAAGAAGUGGGUUGGGAAAUUAUUCGUGCGGAAUCAAAGAAGCCUGAAAAACGCAGUAGGUUGGGAUUUCCAGAUGUCCUUGAUGUAUUAAAGAGCAAUACUGGAACAAAACAUAUAAAAGGCAUUGUGCUAAAAGAACCUCUAGAUGAAGAAGAAGAAUCGAAUAAAUUGAAUGCUGAAUCAUUUUCAAAGAUGACUAAAUUGAUAUUGCUCAAAUUUUGUAAGGUGCACCUUCCUUGUCUCAGUUUUCUUUCUAAUGAGUUACGUUUGUUGGAAUGGCAUGAUUAUCCUUUGCAAUCAUUGCCAAAGAGUUUUAAGCCACGCAAACUCGUUGAGCUCAUUAUGCAUCGCAGUUGUAUUCAGAAACUUCCAGGGGAAUUCAGGAACUUGUACAAGUUAAAGCUCAUUGAUUUGAGUGACUCUCAAAACUUAACCCAGACUCCAGACUUCUCUGGAUUCUCAAAUAUUGAGAGGCUGAAUUUCCAAGGUUGUACAAGAUUGCAUGAGUUGCAUCCAUCUGUUGGAGGUCUUAAGCAACUUAUUCAAUUAAAUCUAAAAGACUGUAAAUGUCUUGAGAACCUUCCACAUGAGCUCAACUUGGAAUCUCUUAAAAUUUUAAUUCUAUCUAGCUGUUCAAAACUCAAUAAGUUUCCAGAGAUUGGGAGCAACAUGACAAGCUUGUUGGAACUUUAUUUGGAUGGGACAGCCAUUGAAGAACUACCAUCAUCAAUCAAGCAUCUUACUUGCCUGGAUUUAUUGAAUCUUCAAGACUGCAAAAACCUUCUGAGUUUUCCGAGCAUCAUUUGCAGUUUGACAUCUCUUGAAUUUCUCACUCUAUCAGGAUGUAAGGGUCAACAGCCAAUUGAAGCUUUGUCAUACACCGGUCCUGAACCAGAACCCAGAAAUCCUGUUCCAGAGCCCACCAAUCUGUUGUUGCCUAGCUCGUUCUCAGGAUUAGGCUCUUUAGUAUCUCUAGAUCUGAGUGACUGUAAUCUGUCGGAUGGAGAACUCCCUGAUGAUCUUAGCUGCUUGUCCUCACUAAAGUCUCUGAAUUUGAGCAAAAAUAAUUUUACAAACUUGCCUGAUAGCAUUUCUGAACUUUCUGAGCUCAAACUUAUUCUGUUGGAUCAUUGUAGCCAGCUUAAAUCAUUGCCGUAUCUUCCAUUAAGUACGCAAUAUGUUUCAGCACGAGGAUGUUCUUCGCUCGAAAAUUAUUCAAAUCAAGUUGUUGUUUGGACUUCGGGUGAUGCAGGAUUCACUUUUAUUAAUUGCCUUGGCUUGGCUGACGAUGAAGAAGGGAAAAUUGCUGAGAUUUCUUUACUGGAUAUACACUUCCAACCAUUAUGGCAAAGAUUCAUGGAGGAACAAAUUCAUCAAAUUGAAGGCUUUUACAGUGUUGUUCCUCAAACCGAACUUCCAGAUUGGUUCAACCAUCAAAGUUCUAAGUCAUCUGUAGAUUCUGUACCAAUCCAACUACCUCCCAAUCUGUUUGAAAACAAAAGUUGGAAAGGAACUGCUCUAUGUGUCAUUUUUGAAGUCAAGAAUCUGAAGGACGUUUCUCCCGGUCAGGAUUCAAAACGCUUUCAUGAAUUUAUUUGUCGUUUGGACGUGGAUGGUGGCCUUAAAGAUUCCCGCUUAGUCUAUAAUAUCCCUAAGGAAAAAUUCCAUGGUGGUUCAUUUGGGCUUUGGCUAUUUAUAUCGCACAAGAGGUUCAGAGAAUGUUUAGAUGAACGGAGUUGCAUUAGUCCUUUGAUCAAAACCAACAGCCAGGAUAUUGAGAUUAAAAUGUGUGGUGCACGUGUUCUAUAUGAGACAGAUAUGGCAGAAUUUGUAGAAAAAAUAAGCCAAGAAACUUUCGGGAGCCCUGAUGACCUCUGUCUACGUGAAAAAAAAUUCAUAACAUAUCAUAUGGCUAAUUCCCACUACGUUGAUGAGGUUGAAUCCAGUCAGUCUAAUGGCCAAAAUCAGUCAAACCCCAGGCUGAAAACACAGUUCAAGUCACUGCUUUCAAAAUUGUAUCAGGUAGAUUUGGCACGAAACCACUGGUAUGAUUAUAUCUUUCCUCAGAUUGCAAGACCACCACACUGGUUCAGCUAUCAAAAUUUUGGGCCAUACAUAAAAAUGGAGUUGCCUCCAGAUUUGCAUGAUAAUUCAAGAUGGUUGGGGUUCACGGUAUAUGCUUUGUACACUAUUGGGAAGCAAGGAGAUGCUUUCAGUUACAAACAGGAUUCAACAAAUUCAACAAUUCUGCUUCGCUUUUCUAGUCUUUCAGCUAGUGAUGAAGUUUCUUUUGCACCUUACACGGCCUUUCCCCUCUCUAGAGACAUUUUUGGUGAGUCAUCACAACGACUUUUGGUAUUUUACAUACCACGCCUGCUUUUUGGAAUGAAUCGGUGCAGUCACAUUGGGGCUUUAUUUGAAAGCAACAAUCCAGGUGUGCAAAUUGGUAUGUGUGGAAUCCGUCUUGUAUACGAGAAAAAUGUUGAAGAGUUUGUGCAAACACUUGUGGAGUAUAUGUUAGGGACUCCAGAGGUCUAUCAUCAAGCUAUUUACCUAAAUCUUAUAGAUCAACUUGGAAAGUUGCAGGGCUGCAACCAUGGAGAAGAUUUUUGUUGCACUUUCACACCGGAAAGGAGGCCUCACGCCAUGCAUAUGCCAAAGCUUCUACCAAGUAAUGCUAUACAAGAGAAGAUACAAGAGAUGUGUACACCGGAAAUUCACAGUAAUGCAGUAGGCACUUCAAGAAACUCAGAUCGCUCACCUAUUUAUUUAGGCAUACCAUUUUUUAAUGGCCAAUGUGGAAGUAAGAUGUCAAGCAGCCUUGAAUCCUGGUUUAAACCAUAUUUGCAGGACCACUACAACAAACGUAGUAUUUUCAAUCACUGUUUUCCUCAAAGUAAAAUCCCAGAGUGGUUCAGCCAUCAGAGCACUAAUAGAUCCUCUGUGAGAAUGUGGCUACCUCCAGAUUUGUAUGACAAUCCUGAUUGGAUGGGAUUUGCAUUUUGUGCUGUUUUCUCAUUUCACAAGCAUCCUACUUCGGUUUGGAAAAAUCUGAAUUCCGAAUUUGCUCAUAUCUUCAGUUGUCAUUUGAAAACCAACUUGGGUUGUAUGAGUCCAUUAUUGUACUAUGGAAUCGAUGAAGAUGACGUAUUAAUUUCAUUGCAUCAACGUGCAUUUAUUUGGGUAUCAUUCAUGCCACGUGUGAUCCUUUCACCCCAUUGGAGGCAAUGCACUUGGGUUGAAUUCUCAUUUCUAAGCGGUAGUCCAGAUGUGUCGCCGCUGAAGUGUGCGGUGGAUCUUUUAUACAAGCAAAAUUUGCAGGAGUUUACAUGUACCAUGGUACAAUGCGUAAUAUCGUAUGUUGACUAUUUAUAUGUCAUCCGUGGCUCUUGUAAGAAGGCAGUAUAUGAAAGAUUGCCGUUUUAUGGUAGUGAUGAAUUCAGUGGCAGUGACAGCUUGUAUGAGGACCUUGACUGUCCAUACUUGCCAGUUUCUCAAGGGGAGACAAGUGGAACUUCUAGCCAGUAUUCUUAUGAGGACUCACUCUUUUACAAAACUGGCGCAUUGGUAAAAAUUUCCAUACUUUAUAUAGUAUAUGUGUACCUUGUGCAAAUGUAG